GGCUGGUGCUGAACUCCAGAGAGAAAGAGUGGGUGAGGAGGCUGCUGCGCCGGGUACAACGCGAGCAUACUGCGGGAUGCUAAGUAGAGGCAGCCGAUAGGCUAGUGCAGGGCUUGGUGUACCGCGCAGUAACAGGGAAUAGCGGAGACAAAGGAAAUGCUGGCGCUGGGCACACUGAUGUUGCUAUAUAUAGUACUAUAGAUUAGUGUGCAUUGUAUAGGGGCUUUAUCCUGCAUUAACUGUAACAUCUGUAUAAAGAGCGAGUGUAUUGAAGGUGCUUAUAUGAGUUGUAGGCUAAUAUAUUUAUCUAUAAGAUAUGAAGAAGGUUGUAUACUGAAGGCAUAUAAAAGGGAGAGUAUAUACUGAAGACAAAAAAGGGUGGGGAAGUAUACUGAAGGUGCAUACACGAGUUAUAAGCUGAAGUAGUAUAUAGGGAGCAGGUUGUAUACUGAAGGCAUAUAAGAGGGAGAGUAUAUACUGAAGACAAAUAAGGGGGAGAGUAUACUGAAGGUGCAUAUACGAGUUGUAAGCUGAAGUAGUAUAUAGGGAGCAGGUUGUAUACUGAAGGCAUAUAAGGGGGAGAGUAUACUGAAGGUGCAUAUACGAGUUAUAAGCUGAAGUAGUAUAUAGGGAGCAGGUUGUAAACUGAAGGCAUAUAAGGGGGAGAGUAUAUACUGAAGACAAAUAAGGGGGAGAGUAUACUGAAGGUGCAUAUACGAGUUGUAAGCUGAAGUAGUAUAUAGGGAGCAGGUUGUAUACUGAAGGCAUAUUAGGGGGAGAGUAUACUGAAGGUGCAUAUACGAGUUAUAAGCUGAAGUAGUAUAUAGGGAGCAGGUUGUAAACUGAAGGCAUAUAAGGGGGAGAGUAUAUACUGAAGACAAAUAAGGGGGAGAGUAUACUGAAGGUGCAUAUACGAGUUGUAAGCUAAAAGCAUAUAUAUAUUUAUCUAUAGGAGGGUUAAGCUCAAGUAGUAUAUAGGAAGCAUAUUGUAUACAAAGGCAUAUAAGGUGCAGAGUGCAGGUAUAUUAGAGUAUGCUGAAGGUGCAUAUAUGAGUUGUAGGCUAAUAACACAUUUAUCUAUAGUGGGUUAAGCUCAAGAAGUAUAUAGGGAGGAGGUUGUAUACUGAAAGCACAUAUAGCUGGGAGAGUAUAGGUAUAUCAGGGUUUAUACUGAGUUAUAUGCUGUUGUACAUAGGGAGAGGCUUGUACACUGAGUAUAUAAGGGACAGAGUGCAGCUAUAUUAGGGAGUGUAUACUGAGGUCCCUAUACAGGUGCAGAUAUGGGCUCUUCAGGGGACCUCGCACAUUUCACCUGGGAAGAAGUUCAGCGCCGCUGCACACAUGAGGAACGGUGGCUGGUCAUUAACCGCAAGGUGUACGACAUAACCCGAUUCCGCCUGAUACAUCCCGGAGGACCACGUGUCAUCAGUCACUAUGCAGGACAGGAUGCCACGGACCCCUUCACCGCGUUCCACAUAGAUAAGGAGCUUGUCCAUAAGCGGCUAAAGUGUCUGCUGAUCGGGGAACUAGCUCCAGACGAGCCCAGUGUUGAACCCUGCAAAGAUGCUGCUAUGGUGCAAGAUUUCCGUGAUCUUCGCUCCACUGUUGAAAAGAUGGGUCUCCUUACCCCGAACAAGCUUUUCUUCUUCGGUGCUCUUAUGCACAUCUUGGUGCUGGACGUUCUCGCAUGGGCUACUCUGCGCUACUGUGGAACCUCACUCAUCCCAUUCUUGGUCACUUUAGUCUUGCUGGGCACUGUGCAGGCUCAGGCUGGGUGGCUGCAACAUGAUUUCGGACACUUGUCAGUUUUUAGCCAAUCGAAAUGGAAUCAUCUGGUGCAUAAAUUUGUGAUUGGACACUUGAAGGGCGCCCCUGCUAGCUGGUGGAACCAUCUUCAUUUCCAGCAUCAUGCAAAACCAAACUGCUUUCGCAAGGACCCAGACAUUAACAUGCAUCCCCUCUUCUUUGCACUGGGCAAGAAGCUGUCUGUGGAGCUUGGAGUAAAAAAGAAAAAAUACAUGCCGUAUAAUCAUCAGCAUAAAUAUUUCUUUCUAAUUGGUCCCCCUGCGCUGAUCCCUGUUUAUUUCCAGUGGUACAUUUUUUACUUUGCUGUUCAGCGUAAGAAGUGGGUGGACCUGGCCUGGAUGAUAUCUUUCUACGUGAGGUUUGCUAUGUGUUACAUUCCCCUGCUGGGGGUCAGUGGAACUGUCAUUAUGUUCUUCUUAGUUAGAUUUAUAGAAAGUAACUGGUUUGUGUGGGUCACACAGAUGAAUCACAUUCCAAUGAACAUUGACUAUGACCAGAACAAGGAAUGGCUGUCUACACAGCUGUUGGCAACUUGUAAUGUAGAUCAGUCCUUGUUUAACGACUGGUUCAGCGGACACCUGAAUUUCCAGAUUGAACACCAUUUGUUCCCUACUAUGCCACGGCACAAUUAUUGUAAGGUGGCAUCACUGGUCCGAUCUCUUUGUAAGAAAUAUGGAGUUGAGUAUCAGUCUAAACCACUGUUUACCGCGUUUGCUGACAUUGUAGAGUCCCUCAGGGAAUCGGGUGAGCUCUGGUUAGAUGCGUAUCUGCACAAAUAACACCCAGGAUGCUGCUCACGGGACUCUGAGGAAUCAUUGCUCUUGACCUGGGGCGGAAAGAGGGUCAGAAGCUGGAUCAGGGGGGCGAUAUUUAAAAUAGUCUGUUGGGAAUUGUUAUGUAUUAGGACUGUUUAAACCCAUCAGAGCUGAGUGAGAACCAGUGAGUAUCUGUAGCCAAAUGUAUGUUCUUAUUGUAAACUUCAAGAGGGGACAGGUCUCUAAACAACAGGAAGAAAUUGUUUUCUUAUAUAGAUGUAGCUCUAAGUAUUUAUACAGCACUUAAAUCAAAAUGAGAUGCUAACAUGACGACAACAGUGACAUCUAGUGGGCUGGUCUAGAGCGCCACCUGGUGGAUCAAAGCAUUAUCUGGCACAGAAAAUUCAAGAUGUUGCAUACUGUACACGUUUAAAUUUAGAGAAGGCUAAACAAAUAUAUCUCUUUAAAUAAAGUCUUGGAGAGGUCCUACAGUAGACCAAAGCUGAAGCAUUCCUUUGCUAAAGACUUCCAAGGCCUGCAACCUAACCUGCCAUCCCACAUCUGGUCUUCUUUGGCGAGACUAAAGCGCAUUCCAAGACAAUGCCCGUUCCUAAUCCUCACACUAUGCUGCAGAAGAUAGAAUGUUGGUUUAGUUUUCCAGCAAGUGUCAGAGAACAGCCUUAGUACUGUACUGCUGCAUUAUGGGUAAGCGCACCUCUGCAACUGCACUGCUGGGUGCUAUUCACUUGCCCCUACUGACUGACCUUAUUUUGCCUUUUGUGUGUUUAGAAAUCAAGAUAAUCAUCAGUUUAGGUCCUUGGUGUUUACAUUGAAUACCUACAAGACCUUGUCUCCCUGUUCACUAAUCUGACUAAUUACCCAAUGAUUGUAUAUGAGAAUUUGUUCUAUGUUUAUAUUUUAUUGUAAAAUCUAAUAAACUGAUUUCUCAA